AUUCCAGUGACUUGAUGCUAAGAAUUUACAGAGCCGAGUCAUAUGUUGGCCUCCAAGAAUAUAAAACAGCCAUAGAAGAUCUAAAUUUUGUUAUUUCUAAAAUGCCAAAUUGGCCAGAGGUCUACUUCCGGAAAGGAAAAGUGCUGCAAGACUCUGGCUUUGUGGGUGAUGCCUUACAACUGUUUCUACAGUGCUUAGCCCUUGAUGAGGACUUUCUUCCAGCCAAGCUAGAAGUAGAAAGGACAUUGUGUGAUGUGCUGUCUCCAGAGAAGUUAGGAGAGAGUCUGAAGGAAUCUGCUUGGAAUUCACCACAUAUUCGAAAUAAACCUUUUAUACUUGGUUCUGAGGUGACCGAGUCUUGCUGCAACUUAGAGCUUUGUCCUGAGCAGAGUUUAGGAGGAUCAGAGGUACUGGAGCCUGUCAGUGGAAGCUUAAACCGUGCACAGUCUGCCCAUGCUCUUAACUCAACAAAAGGCCUUGCCAAGGAAGAUGGCUUAAAGAGAGUGUCUUCUGAACCCCUUCUCUCUGGCCAAGAAAAAGGUGCUUUGUUGAAAAGAAAGCUUUCCUUUUCAGAACAGGAUACAGUUCUAUGUGAAGAUGGAAGAAACAAACACAAAAAGCAAGGAGAAAGUACAAAAAGGGACAUGACACUGGCUUUUGGAACAAUUCCAGGGGAUUUGAUUGAUGUAUCAGAUUUUGAGUGCUCUCUAUGUAUGAGGCUGUUCUUCGAGCCAGUGACAACCCCUUGUGGACACACUUUUUGCAAAGGUUGCUUGGAACGGUGUUUAGACCAUGCUCCUCAGUGUCCACUCUGUAAGGAGAGUUUGAAAGAGUACCUUGCAAGCAGAAAAUACAGCAUCACAGAACUGCUGGAGGAAUUAAUAAUGAAAUAUUUAUCUGAUGAAUUAUAUGAGAGAAAAAGAAUUCAUGCUGAAGAAACCGCUGAACACUCAAACUUGACCAAGAAUGUUCCAAUGUUUGUUUGCACUAUGGCAUAUCCUACUGUGCCUUGCCCUCUACAUGUGUUUGAGCCAAGAUACCGACUAAUGAUUCGUAGAAGUAUGGAAACUGGGACUAAACAGUUUGGGAUGUGUAUAAGUGAUUCUCAAAAUGGUUUUGCAGAUUAUGGAUGCAUGCUGCAAAUUAGGAACGUUCAUUUUCUACCUGAUGGACGGUCUGUUGUUGAUACAGUUGGUGGAAAGAGAUUUAGAGUUUUACGGAGAGGGAUGAAAGAUGGUUAUUGCACUGCAGACAUCGAAUAUUUGGAAGAUGUUAAGGUUGCUGAUGAAGAAGAACUAAAGAAACUGAGAGAACUUCACAAUUUUGUUUACAAUCAGGCCUGCAGUUGGUUCCAAAACUUAAGAAACAAAUUUCGCACUCAAAUUCUUCAGCACUUCGGGCCAAUGCCUGACAGGGAAGAAAAUAUACAGGCAAUGCCGAAUGGUCCUGCGUGGUGUUGGUGGCUUCUAGCUGUUCUCCCAGUAGACCCCAGAUAUCAGCUGUCAGUUCUCUCCAUGAUGUCUUUAAAAGACCGUCUGAUAAAAAUCCAACAUAUACUCACAUAUUUUUCUAGAGACCAGUCCAAGUGACUAACCGCCUGGGUCUUCCUGAAAAGUUACUCUGUUCUGGUUGUAGUAGCAGCUGGAAUUUUUGCUGCCUUUGCACAUCUAGCACUGGUUUGAGAAGUGUAAUGGAACUGUUUUUUCUCUCUCCUCCCCACCCUCCCGACUUCCUGAACCACGUGGUUCUUUGAAUGCACACUUUCUUCAACUAUGAGAGAAGACCACUGAUGAUUGCACAAAGUCAAUCCAGCUAGAUAUGUUUUUCACGUUAUCUACAUUACAAUUUGCACUAUGUAGAAGAGAACCUUUUUGAGACUUGAUAAUUUUAGCCACUGACUUUUUAAAGCUGUGGGAAGUGCAGGACUUAAGGCGGACAGUCCAAGUUUACAACAUUGAGGAGGUAUUAAAGGUUUUGCAAAUGUUUGCCUCAUACAACUGUUCUUUUGCUGUUUGCACAAAUAUUUGAAAUAUAGUAUUGAAUGUCACUGUUGGAUAUUACU